AUGUGGUGCAACAAGGCUCAGAUGUUGCAAAUGCAGGAGGAUCCACAAGCAAGACCCCUCCUCCUCCCCCUCCUCUUCACCUCCUCCUCCAUCAAGCAAAAGACCAAUAAUACAGCUAAAGCUUGGUUUUUACAUAACAGAAUAACGAAGCCAGCACCCCAGGAACACCGUCCUAACUCCGGAAAGAAUCGAUCAACCACGGGCUUCAUCCACAGGACCUCCAAGCAGACCGGCAAGGUGAAGACCCUUCUCGGGCUCGCCUUGUCGCGCCUGGCCGUUGUCCGCCGUUCCCGCCUUGCUCGCAAGUCAAUUUCCCGCGGCGAUGUCAGCCAGCUCCUCGCCCUCGGCCACCACGACCGUGCUCUCCACCGGGCAGAACAGGUCAUAGAGGAGGACAACGUGCUGGAGGCAUUCGACAUCAUAGAGCUUUACUGCAAGCGCCUGAUCGAGCAAGCAGCGAAGUUAGACAAGCCCCAUGAGUGCGUCGAGGACAUUCAGGAGGCAGCCGCCGGGAUCAUGUUUGCAGCAGGGUGCUGUGGCGACCUGCCGGAGCUGCUGUUCGCACGCACUAUCCUGGCAAACAAAUUCGGCAGCGACUUUGCUGCGACGGCAAAGGAGGGCACCGGCAUUGUCGACCCCAUGUUGGUGUGGAAAUUGUCUGGCGACAAAACAAACAUGGAGCUGAAGAAGAAGGUGAUGAAAGAGAUCGCUGCUGAGAACAAUAUCGUGGUGGACUUUUCUGGGUUCCCAGAAUCGGCUAAGCAGGAUGGCAGCAGCAACUUUCCACACCGUCAGGAGUUCUACCAUGGAACGAUGUACCAGGAUGCGCUCAUUCACCCCCCCCCCCCAUAG